AUGGACAUUGAACUCUUCUUCACCAGAGACCACCACACCAUCAUAACCGUCCCAGACACUGCCAACCUCGCCGACAUCAGAGCCGCCCUCCACACACUCAUCCAAAUGAAGUUCUUCGCAGCUACCACAUUGCUCUUUAGCUACCUCUCCAUCGCCAACGCUUGGGAGGCCGAUUUCUUCGCCGGCGCAGUGUCCGUAGGAGUCGCCGGUGGUCGUGGCCGCUUCAGCUGCCACGCCAUCUCCAACCAGCGCUCCGCCUCGUCAGUGAGCUUCACGGGCGGCAAUGGCCGAUACCUCCUCCAGGUCUUCGCAGACGUGGGCUGCCGCACUCUCGUCAGGACUUUCUCCAGCGCCGACCUUGCCGAUGUGCGUACUGCUGUUAGGGGUUUCCAGGUCGUCCGGAGCUACGAUCUGAAGCGGGACGAAGAUCCUGUGGGAGUGCCUUACUACGGCGAGGACGAGGUGGACGAGUUCAGCUACUCCGAGGGCAUCGAGCCGGGGGUUGUCCCGGCUCCUGCGCCAUCGUUGGAGAAGCGUCUCGAGGGUGUGCAAUGUCGGCUUGAUGCGGGAAAUCUGAUCACAAGUUGCCAGGACUGCGCUACGAGCUGCGUCGAUGGGGAGGCCAUGUUCCCAGAGAGUGACUGCUGUGUUGAUCAAUCGAACUGCGACAUCUGCCGGCAGGUCUGCUAUUGCACAUGA